AUGUUUCCUUUCAAGUUUUCGUUGCCAGCACAAAUCCCGAGCACAAUGCAAGUAAAAGGGGAGAAUGAAUGUGGCCCAUGGAUGGCUAGUGUCCAAUAUACCGUCAUUGCUAAUCUACUCAAUGCAUCAGAUUUAUCGGUGGCUGAAGAAUUCCAAGUGAGAUCAACGCCAACAAAUGUCGAAUCAAUUCCUGUUACAGUUGAAGAAAAUAUUGCAUUAUUCAAAUUCAUCAACAGAAAAUGCAAAAUAACCGCCAAGUUUGAAAAAGCAAUCUAUCAGUCAGGAGAAGAAGCCAUAUUGAAUCUUGAAAUAAGUAACUCUUCUCGUAAGGAAGUCUCAGAAGUUAAUCUUAAGUUGCUACAGUUGUUGUCACUAAGGAGGCGCUUUGUUAGCAAACAACUGACCGAAUCAGGAGAAGAAUUUGAAGAAAAUGAACACCAGUUUAUUAUGCCUCAUGGUGAAGCUGAGCAUCUUGUCUGGGAGGCGACAUUGAAAAAUAAUGGACAAGAUUUUGCGAAAUCGCUUGAAAGAAUUCCAGUAUCUCUCGAAGGUCUUGCUCCCACUACUGGCACUCACAAUAUACAGUGUUUCUAUCAUUUGGGUGUGACGGUACUUCUCGACAAAUGCAAUCCACUUUCAAUGACAGUUCCUGGGCCAAUAGUUCUACCACCGGAAAAUACAAAAUGGUUGGAGACCAGAAUGCCUGACUGGACGGUAAAAGGAGAAGUAAUGUACCCAAAUGAAAAUGUCGCGCAAGAUUUCAGAGUUUCACGAAAUACAUUAUAUGGAGAGGAAUUUUUUGGCUUUAUUUUAUAUAUCAUCAAAUACGAUAUCUAUUUACAACGACUGGAACAAGGCCAAAAUAAUGGAGCACAGUAUGAAAUUAGAAUCUAA